AUGUGGGGCAAGGUAGAUUUUAGGAAGGAAGAUCAUGAAUAUAUUUCAAAAUUGGAAAAUAUUUUAAAUGGUGUCAAUAUAACAAUUGUAGAAUUUGAACUAUUAUUAAGAUUGAAAAUUUCAGGUAAUAUAGAAUUUCAUCAAGAUAAUGUGCAGACUCUGGACCAAGCAAGAAGACAUCUCGAAACCGCAUUUCCAAACGAGUUGAAAAUUUUCAGGGUUCCGCUACAAAAGAUUCUUGAUGCAUUAAUUACUUGGACAAAAUGUAUAUCUUAUAGGUUGUUAUGGUGA